UACGUCGAUCCAGGAAAAAUAACACACGUCAUACACAUGCGACUUCCUAGCGGUGGAGUUGCUUUCACGUGGCUCACUGUGCUGAAAAUUAUUCCUUAACAUCAGAGAUUUACCUUGGUGUAAUCAUGCGGCCGUUAACUGACGAAGAAACAAAGACAAUGUUUGAAAAGCUCUCAAAAUACAUUGGAGAGAAUAUCAAACUCUUGAUUGAGCGACCGGACGGAACAUAUUGUUUCAGACUUCAUAAUGAUCGCGUAUAUUAUAUAAGUGAGAAAAUUCUGAAAUUAGCCACAAACAUCUCACGAGACAAGCUGAUAUCCAUUGGCACAUGUUUUGGAAAGUUCACAAAGACACAUCUGUUCAGACUGCAGAUCACUGCUCUGGACUUCCUUGCUCCAUAUGCCAAGUUCAAGGUUUGGGUGAAACCUGGAGGAGAACAAUCUUUUCUGUAUGGAAAUCACAUCAUGAAGUCAGGUCUGGGUAGGAUCACAGAAAAUACUUCUCAGUACCAGGGAGUAGUGGUGUACUCUAUGGCUGAUGUUCCUUUGGGAUUUGGUGUUGCAGCAAAGACUACACAAGAAUGUCGGCGGGUAGACCCAAUGGCCAUUGUUGUGUUUCAUCAAGCAGACAUAGGCGAGUUCAUCAGAAAUGAAGACAUGCUAACAUAAUGUGGAAUUUGGGACAUGAAAUGGACUCCUUUGCAGCUGUUUGUGGUCACUAGGGACCCCAAGUACUUUCAGGAGACGGCCAUAAAGGACUCUGAUCAAGUGCUAGUUCUCUUGUUCCACCAUUACAUACCAUUAUGUGAUCACUGGUUAGUUAAUACUUGACUAUUAUUUGUUAUGCUCUUCUUGAGGCUUGCUGCACAACUUGGUGCAUAUGUCGGUAUUCUUCCAAUCACAUUUUAUUUUAUUUCAGCACAUUUGCUGAAAAACUGUGUGUAAAACUGUCAAAGUGUAAUUUUCAUAUUUGGAUUUGGUUAUCUUUGUCAUAAAAUGGGAAUUUCUAUACAUUUAAUAUGAAGAUACUUGCAUAUUUUUUUCAAUUAACAUUCAGAUUAAACAUGUCAAUCACU